AUGAAAGUCUUCACAUCGAUAUUCGUGUUAAUUGCAUUGGCUACCUCCCAGGCAAUUGCUGUACCUACAGCCGAGGCUGCAGACCUAGAGACGCGCGCCAAAUUUUGCGUUGAUAUCAAAGUAUGCCACGGCUACAACUACGAGGGUGGCUGCUAUAGCGAAUGCAAUAGGCCUGGUACGGGUUACGGUAUUAGAAAAGAAUAUCGGAAAAAUGCCGGCUCGUUCAAAAUUGAGACCAAGGGUUAUAACUGCCAGGUUGGAUCAUCCGAUCAAGGCACGCAAUCAGUGAAUUACCCUGGGGUCAAGAGACUCAAGGAUGGAUGGAUCAAUAACAUUGAAGGCUAUCAGUGCAACAAACUCAAAUGA